AUGAAACGAUCAAAGCACCAGCGCGAACCGACGGAAGAAGAAAAAAGUGUUGUUGUUUCUGUACGCCAUUGUGCCGGUGAGCUGAAUGAUAUUCUACAAGGGGCUAGGCGUAAAGUGCAGUCAAACGCGAAGUUGUUUGCGGAAAGUGGAAUUUCGGUCAUGUUUCGUGGCAUAGAUUCGUACGCUGAUAUGUAUGAGAAAUUAAAACUGAAAUCUCGCGAAACCUUAGAGAGGCUGUUCACAAAAUUCGCGGACUGCGAGGAUGUCCAGGAUGCCGAGGAUGCUAUUGAAGAAACCGAGGGAAAUUGGCGAAAUUUUCUGGCCAAUCUAGAUCAAGAAGUGAACGUGUGUGAUACACCAAGUCAAUCGCCCAACAAACAUUCAACUAUAGAUCCGGAAACCGAUCAACAGCCCAAUCAGUUAUACUUUAAACCUGCUGCCUAUCCUUUGAUUGAUACACACACGAAUAGAGAAGUGUCCUUAGGGGAAUAUCUUGUUGAAAAAACCUGUGUACUGGUGACAUUCCAACCUGCCUAUUGGCCGGAUACGUGCAUCCGCUGGCGACACGCAGAAGUUGCCAAAGUAAAAGCUUUCAAGUCUCCAAAUUUGCAUCAACUGUACCAGGGUUUUAAUUCUUUUCUAUCAGCCUGCGGCGUACACUUUGCUGGUAGUAUCUUUAAUGUGGUCAACGCAAACAAUGUACAAGGCGGCCAUUCCUAUUUCACCAAUUAG